AUGGAUGUGGUGAUGUUUCAGGAAACACACUUAGAGACAAAAGGAAUGGCAAAAAUGAUGGACAGACUGAAUAAACAAUUCGAGUGGUUUGGCAAAGAGGCGAUAAGGAUACACAGACGAGGGAAGGCGAGUGGAGGCUUCCUAAUGGGAAUCAGGAGGACACUGGAAGCAGACUGGAAAGUGGAGGAGUGGAAGUAUGGGCUGAGAAUGUCGAUUAAAGCAAAAGGAAGCAGGGAUGGGUACGUAGUAAUAAAUACAUACAAUAAUGAUAGAAAGAAUCUGAAAAAAGUACUCAAGGAGAUGGAUGGUAUGUUGGAGGACCUGGAAGGAUCAGAAGAGAGAUUGAUAGUCACAGGAGAUUUAAAUGCGAGGAUAGGAGAGUUACAAGGGAUAUCAGAAUGUGGAACGGAAGAGAGGACAGGAAUAAAAGAAAGGAGGUCACAGGAUAAAACAACGAGGGACGAAGGCAGAAAGCUCGUGGACUGGUGCGAAGAGAGGGCACUAUUAAUCCAGAAUGGAAGGGCCGAAGGAGAUGAGGAGGGACAGCUAACAUUCAUAGGAGAAGGGGCAGGUUUGGGCAGCGUGUUGGACUAUAUAAUAGUAAGACUGGAGGAAGAGGAAGCCCCCGGGUGGUUCAGGAGCAUGGAGAUAGCAGAACAAGAAGCAAAAGGAAGCAGGGAUGGGUACGUAGUAAUAAAUUCAUACAAUAAUGAUAGAAAGAAUCUAAAACAAGUACUCAAGGAGAUGGAUGGUAUGUUGGAGGACCUGGAAGGAUCAGAAGAGAGAUUGAUAGUCACAGGAGAUUUAAAUGCGAGGAUAGGAGAGUUACAAGGGAUAUCAGAAUGUGGAACGGAAGAGAGGACAGGAAUAAAAGAAAGGAGGUCACAGGAUAAAACAACGAGGGACGAAGGCAGAAAGCUCGUGGACUGGUGCGAAGAGAGGGCACUAUUAAUCCAGAAUGGAAGGGCCGAAGGAGAUGAGGAGGGACAGCUAACAUUCAUAGGAGAAGGGGCAGGUUUGGGCAGUGUGUUGGACUAUAUAAUAGUAAGACUGGAGGAAGAGGAAGCUCCCGGGUGGUUCAGGAGCAUGGAGAUAGCAGAACAAGAAGGUUCGGACCACCUACCAAUCAUACUGAAGGUAGAUUGGAGUGAGAGAACGAAGAGAGGGGAGGAGGGGAGAGAAAAUAGAGAACCGAGGUUGAAAUGGAGAGAGACAAGAGAGGAAACCUUCCAGGAAAAAUGGGAGAAAAGAUGGACGGACAGAAUUGAAGAGGUUGAGAAUACGGAGGAGAGAUGGGCGAGACUGGUCAAAAUUACCACAGAAGCAGCACACGAAGCAAAGAUGGUGACAGGCAACAAGAAAAAAGAAGGAGCGGCAUGGGACACAGGAGAAUACCAAGAGGAGAGGAGGAAAAUGUUUAGAAGCUUGAACAGGUUCAGAAGAAGGAGAGACUGGAACUCCAAACGAAGGUACAACGAACACAAGAGGUCUCUGAGGAAAAUACGAGGCAGACUGAUUGCCGAGUGGAUAGAAGAGAAACAGAGAGCGGUAGCAGCGAGCAAAACAAUGGGGGAAUGGUGGAAGGCAAUGAACUGGUUCAGGCAGGGAAGAAAAAAGGAAGUGAACAUGGUCUCAGAAGAAGAAUGGGUGAACCACUUUAAGAGCUUGCUGGAAGCAGAGAAAAAGCAGGGGGAGAGGGCUGAGGAAGAGACAGUUGGACAGGAUAGAGAAGAAAGAGAGACCCAGAAAGAUGGACGGAAUGACGCCAGGGAAGAAGAGGAGAGGGAUCUGAAGCUGAAUGAGGACUUGAUAGACUGGGAAAUAUUGGGAGUUAUUAAUGGACUCAAGACUGGGAAGGCAGCUGGAGAAGAUGGGAUCACAGCAGAAUUCUGGAAGAAUUUACCUGAAGAGGGAAGGGAAGAACUCAUAGAGAUAAUAAAGGAGCUCUGGAGGAGAGAGGAAAUGAUUGACAGAUGGAGAUUGGCCACAAUUUUCCCAAUACACAAGAGAGGGGAUAUCAACACGGCAGCGAAUUAUAGAGGAGUGUCAUUGCUGGACAUAGGAUAUAAAAUCCUCUCGUCGAUAAUGGCACGCAGACUGGGUAAGUGGCUAGAGGAAGAGGAAAAACUAUCAGAGGCACAGGCAGGAUUCAGGAGAAGAAGAGGAACAAUGGAGCAGGAGUUUGUACUGAAUACGCUGAUCGGGAACAGACUCAAGAAGAAAGGAGGGAAAUUAUAUGUAGCAUUUAUUGACUUCAAAGCGGAAUUCGACAAGGUAGACAGAAGGAAACUCUGGAACAAGAUGGAGGAGAUAGGGAUAGUAGGAAAGUUCUUGAGGAUGUCACAGAGAAUUUAUGAGGGCACCAGAAACAGGGUGAUAGUGGGGACAGGAUUGACAGAGGAGUUCCAGACGGGGAAAGGAGUGAGGCAGGGUUGCCCACUGAGCCCAAUACUAUUUAACAUCUUCAUACAAGAUCUGAUAGAGGCGAUGGAAAAGAGAGGAGACGGAGGCACGCCUAUCGGACCAGGGGCAGGGGUGAAGAUAUUCACCCUGAUGUAUGCAGAUGAUGCAGCGAUUGUGGCAGAGGAGGGAUCUGAGUUGAAAAGGAUGUUAAAGACAUUGGAGAAGUGGGCAGAUGGAAAUGAAAUGGAGGUGAGUGUGGAAAAAACAAAGAUAAUGGUGUUCAGGAACGGAGGAAGAAGGAGGAAAGAAAGUUGGGAGUACAAAGGCAAGAAACUGGAGGUGGUGAAUGAAUUCAAGUAUUUAGGCUUCUGGUUCACGACCAAAAACACAUACUCGAGACAUGCCAAGAAACUGACAGGGAAAGCUCAGACGCUGGUGAACAAAACCUGGGGAGAAAUGAGGAGAGGCAAGAUAAGAGGACUGAGGAAGAGGCUGUAUUUCAUGGGAGUAACGGUGAAGGCAGCGGCGCUAUAUGGAGUAGAACUGUGGGGAUGGAGAAGGCAGGAAAACAUAGAAAGGAUAAAGAAGAAAUAUACAAAGGCUAGCAUGGGACUGGCGAGAAACACACCAGACUACAUAUGGAGAAUGGAGGCAGGAGUAAGCAGUGUAGAAGUAGAAGCAGUCAGAAGGGCAGCGGCUUUUCUAAUAAAAUUGAGCAGAAUGGAAGAAAGUAGAUGGCCAAGAAAAUGCUUGAAAGAGGAAUUGAGGGGGAUUAAGAAUGGACAACCGUCCAGUUGGGGGAAAGAGGUCCAUAGGGGAGAGAAUAGAAAAACCGAAAUACUGUGA